UAGCUUGAUGCGCCUCGCGCGAGGUUCCUCCUCCCGGCUCCGAGCAGAAAAAGAGAUGAAGCGUCUGUUUUCUCUGUCAUUGUACGUUGUUGCACCGCUGCGGACAAACCUCACGGGACAAGACAUGUCUCCAGAUUUCUGUGCUGAAUCAUCUCUGGGGAAACGGAGUUCGCAUGAAAACACAAACUAAAACACCAGCAGGAGCAGCAGCAGGGACACUCCGUUUACAUUAGCUAGUUUUUAAAUAGUAUUUCCCCCCUUCCCCCCCCGACAGGUCAUUCCCGCUAGCUUUUAGCCGUGUGUUUUUAAUGCGAGUGAAACAAUGGCUUUCUUCGUGAAAAAGAAGAAAUUCAAGUUUCAGACUCAUCUGACUCUGGAGGAACUCACCGCGGUGCCUUUUGUCAACGGAGUUUUGUUCUGCAAGCUCAGGCUGCUGGAAGGAGAUUUUGCAGCUACUUCUACCAGAGAGGAGGUUCAAGAAAACUGCGUUCGCUGGAGGAAGAGGUUCACGUUCGUGUCGAAAAUGAGCGCCAACCCCCACACGGGCGUCCUGGAUCCUUCUGUGUGCAGGGUGUCAGUCAGGAAGGAGCUCAAAGGAGGAAAAGCGUACACGAAGCUGGGCUUCACGGACCUCAACAUGGCGGAGUUCGCCGGUUCUGGCUCCACCGUGCGCUGCUGCCUGCUGGAGGGAUACGACACCAAGAACACACGGCAGGACAACUCCAUACUGAAGGUGAUCAUCGGGAUGACCCUCCUGUCUGGAGACCCGUGUUUUAAAACGCCUCCCAGCACGGCAAAGUCCAUCUCCAUCCCAGGACGAGAGCACACCCUGCAGCUGGACUGUAAGGGGGAGGGAACGGCGGAGCCCGGGCCGGCCGGAGGGGUUUCUCUGGGCCGAUGUGCCAAACCUCGACCCUCCAUCAUCAGCUCAGGUCUCCUCGACGAAUCAGAGGUGAACCACAACCAGUUCGGUUCUGCGGAAGUCUUCCAGUCCGGUCACUCUCGUAACUCCAGCUACGCCAGCCAGCACAGCAAGAUCUCAGGCUACAGCACCGAGCACUCCUGCUCCUCCAGCCUGUCGGACCUCACGCAUCGCAGGAACACCUCGACAGGAAGCAGCACCUCCGGGGGCCUGGGCUUCAGCGCCGACACACCCGCAGAGGGCGACAAGGACGCCGGACGUCCUGAGAGACCUCCUCGACCCCCGCGGCCUGUCUUACCCCCGAACAGGCUCCCUAGGAGGAAGCAGGACUCGGUGGAGAGUCACCCCUCCUGGGUUAAUGACACCCGCAUGGACGCCGACGACAUCGUGGAGAAAAUUGUCCAAAGCCAAAACUUCGCAGAUAUCAACAACACUGAAGACAGUAACCUGCGUCUGUUCGUCAGCAGAGAUGGAACCACCGCGCUCAGCGGCAUCAGGCUCGGAAACAGGGUGUCUGCGGGCGGCUACGAGCCUGUGGUGAUAGAGAGCCAUUAAGCGGAGCGCCGACCUGCGGAUCGUCCUGUCGUCUGUGUCGCCGGUUUUUCCUGGAGCUUCAGCUGGUCUGACGCCGUGAGGGGAAAAACCUCGUCAGUUUGCACUUUAUGUGAAAUGUGUGGCAGUGCUCGCCUCCGCUCCGUUCGUCUGUGUUGUUGUUAUGAUUCAGAUGCACAAAAAAAAAAAAAAAGUUUCUCUGAGACGCCCCCCGUGGUGUGUUUACCUGCGUCUGUGCUGCAGUAACAACGUUUCUUUUGUUGUUUUUUUCUUUUUAAAUCCAGAGAUUCAGGAGAUCACACCAUAGAGUCAUUUCACCUGUUUAAUUGAUAGAGAUACAGACACCAACAUCAUCCGUGUGUCCCCAGCUCGUCGUUAUAACUGCCGCCGCACUAACGACCACCUUCACCCACAGUAAGAGAGAGGAAACAUGCUGUUUAAAAAUAACUAAUGCUUCAAGUUAUAAAUGAUGUUAGUGUGCAGAGACCAUGUGUGGAAAACAUUCAUUCAUCUCUGGAAAACUGUCGUGUGUGUGAGUAAUAGAACUAUAUUAGAGCCAGAUACAGACAGGGAGAGAAAUUCCCAGCUGUUAUUAAUACUGUUGGUGACAGGAAGUUAGUGAGGCUGGACUGAAGCUACUUCUUGAUGUCCUGGGGAUGAAUGGAUGAGGAUGGUUUUCAUGUUUUAAGUUCACUCGCGGUAACAAACCAAUUCAUUAUACACUUGAUUUAUUCCAGUGUUAAUAUAAGAAAUGACACCCAUCAUCGUUUCCCUGAAGUCCCUGAACUUCUGCUUUUCUGGAGGUGAGAGUAAUUUGCAGCCACAGACUCUCAGCAGCAGUUUCAUCGAAGUGUCAGUUGAUUUUUUUUUUUUUUUUUUUUCCCCUUCACAUCAAUUCUGACAAAUUUCUGUCGCUGCAAACUGUCUGAAACGGUUUUGCAAGAAUCCUCCCGGUUUGGAGUUCAGUUCACAUGAAAUGAUCAUUCUUGGAACGGUUUCGUUCUUGUUGUGAUUUAGUUGGAAAAAGUUUCCACCUUCAAAAAACUUUGUAAACCAAAGCCCAGCAGCAAAACAGGAUAAAAUAACUCCUAAGUGCAUUUGGAAACUGCGUCUCAGGGCAGCACAUCAACACUGAAUGUGGCCGAGAGUUUGUAAAAGCCACUGAUCGACUCUGACUCACUUUAGUUUUUUUUAUUUUCUUUUUGUUCUUCGUGUUUGAAGUUGUUCCCUGUUGAUCGGGGAGCUGCGAUCGAACCUCCUCUUCACUUUGUGCCUGUAAAGUUUCUCUUAAAUGAGCCUAAAGCACCGUGAGCAGUGCUGGUGACGGUGAGGAGAGAAAUGUUGUUUCCUCUGUUUGUUUGUCUCAGUCGUGUUAAAACCUUCAGGUGUGUGACCAGUUAGGAAAUCCCACUGUUUUUACUCUCUAUAUGUUUGAUUGCUGAGCUGCUGCUGCUGCUGCACCGUCGCCACGUCCUCAUGAAGGAUUAAUCAAAAGGAUAUGUAUUAUUAUCUUCUCUCCUCAGUCAUCAGAAGUUAAAACAACAUGUGGUCAGUUAUAAAACAUUAGCUCUGUGGUACAAACUGUUCUGGUUGAAGGAAGACUUCACUACAUGAAGGGGGAUUUAUCUGCAGAGGCUGUGACUGUAAAAGUCUUUGUUGCCCCCUGGUGGGGCAACGGCCUGCUGUUUUUGUUUUGUUUUGUUUUAUUGUUUGUUUCAGGCCCUUUGGUGUUUACAAGGAUGUUUACUUCGAGUCAGGCAGAAGAAGAGACACCAAGGAGGCAGAAAAAAGGACAGAAGAAGAAUUGUAAUGUUGGCAACCAGCUGGCUGGUUGAUGCUUCUUCUUCUUCUUCUUUUUUCUUUUUUCUUUUUUUUCUUUGUUACUUUUAGAUGCAGGUUUUGUGUUUGAGGUGACAGAACAAGGAUUUUAUCUUGUACAGAGGCUUAAAAUCGUAUUUUUCUGUUUGUAAAAAAGGAGACAGAAGCCAUCACUUUGAGAAAUAAGUCUCCCUUUUCCACAUGCAGGUCAUUUUAACUUUACAAACCUCUUGAAUUAAGUUAAAUAACACGAUGCACGACCAGUUGGUCAAAUCUGAAACAUUUUCAGUUUAACCAGCAAAUUAAUCAGUUAUGAAAAUAACUGGUGAUUGAUUUUCUGUAGAGGAACUAUCAGGUGAUCCGCUCCAGCCACAUCAGAAAAAAUAAAAUAAUCCUUAAGACUCUGUUCUUCAUCAGUUUGGCCGUUAUUUUUAAGUUUUCCUUCUUCUCGUUUCACCUUUUCAUGACUUCUCACUUGUCUUUACACGACCCUGCUUGGUUUAUUAAUCACAUUAGUUAUUCUCACAUUUGGGGAUGAACCACUGAUUGCAUGGUCUGAGUUUACGUCACCACAGCCUUUAGUAUUCCUUUAAAGCAUUUAUUUAUAUAUUUUUGUUCCUCCUUCUUUAAAUUUUAUUUUAUUUUAUUUUUGUCUGGAGGUCGGUUAUAAGCUACGCACACAACUCACCUCCCCAAGCUUUUUUUUUUUCUUUUAGUAUGUCUAACAAAUAAUUCUAUUGUAACAAAGCUAGUUUAACCUAAAUUUAUUAGAGAAUUGAGUUGGAACUGUUCUUCCAGUCGUCACGUAGUAACUACAGUCUGUUUAUUUUUUUCUGCAGAACUGACUUUAAACAAUAAAAAGCUAAUCCUGA